AUAACAACCUGACCUUUGCACCCGUGAGACAAAGUCUUUCUAUCAGCAUCAUUAGACAUAGAAGCGCUACAUUGCAGCUCAAAGCUAACAGCGAAAAGAAAUGGUAGCGUCAUCAGAGGAUGAUCAGAGUCAUGUGUCUGAGUUCCUCCGCCUCCUGUCUGCCCGACUGCCCGCCGGCGUUACCGGCACCACGCUGGUCAUGUGGACCCUGGUGUUGGUACUGGCUGUCCGUCUGUCUGUGUGGGUGGUGAGCUUCAUAGCGUGGCAGGUAAAGAUCAGGAGAGUCAUGAAGCAAUUUCCAGACCCUGGACCACCUGAUCCUAAUGGGGUUUUCUUGUCUCAUGUUGAGAACAAUCCCUACCAUGUCCGGUGGCUGGGUCCCUUCAUUGCUGUUACAUCCUGUACCCAUCCGGACACCAUCAAACCAAUCUUGAGCAAUAAAACACAAAAGCCUGACUGGACGUACAGGUUCUUUCGACCUUGGCUCGGAGACGGUCUUCUACUCAGUGAGGGAAGCAAGUGGCAGAGGAACAGACGUCUGCUGACGCCGGCUUUUCACUUUGACAUCCUGAAGCACUAUGUGAAGCUGUUCUCUCAGUCAACAGUCGUGCUUCUGGAUAAGUGGAUGUCAUGUGGUCCAGGCGCAUCUGUUGAGUUGUUUGACCACGUCGGGCUGAUGACGUUGGACAACAUCCUGAAAUGCAGCCUGGGUUACAACAGCAGUUGCCAGACCGACGGCAAGUCGGCUCCGUAUAUCCUUGCUGUGCACGACUUGACCAGACUGAUCGACGAACGGUUUGAUUACGCACCGUACCAUAUUGACUUCAUCUACUACCUGAGUGCGAGUGGACGCAGAUUCCGCCAGGCCUGCAAAGUCGUCCACGGUCUUUCUGAACAGGUCAUAACGGAAAGGAAGGAACGACUAAAGAAGGAAAACUUUGCCUGGUCGAGUUCAAGGAGUGGGAAGUGUUUGGACCUUGUGGACAUCUUGUUACAGGCAAAGGACGAAGACGGUACCGGACUGAGUGUUUCCGAAAUCCAGGACGAAGUCAACACUUUCCUGUUCGGCGGCCACCACACCACUGCCAGUGGAAUCAGCUGGACACUGUUCCACUUGGCCCAAAAUAAGGAAUAUCAGGACAAGUGCAGGAGGGAGGUGGAAGAGGUGCUUCAGGGACGGACAGAAAUGACAUGGCAUGACGUCGCCAAACUACCAUUCAUCACCAUGUGUAUCAAAGAGAGCAUGCGCUGUGUCCCCCCUGUUCCCCGAGUGGCACGGUCCGUGAAGCAGGAUCUGACCUUCCCUGACGGAAAGUCGUUGCCAAAGGGAAGCCCAACUUUUGCUGGUUUCGAGUUAAGCCAUAGGAACAGGGAGAUCUGGCCAAAUCCUACGGUGUAUGACCCUUACCGCUUCUCACCUGAGAACGUGGAGAACAGAUCUCCCUACGCGUUCCUGCCCUUCUCCGCAGGACCAAGGAACUGCAUCGGGCAAAACUUUGCUAUGACCGAGAUGAAGGUGUCCGUGGCGCUGAUCCUGCAGAGCUUCCAGCUGGAGCUGGACGAGACCAAACCUCCAGCCGUCCCCUGUGACAGGAUAACUCUACAGGCUAAGGAUGGGAUCUGGGUGAAAGUUCACCCGAUCAAGACCAAUACGCACAACUAAUUGUGGGACAACGUUCUAGUUAACUUGCAAUGUUUCCCAAUUCUGUAUUCUAUGUCAAAAUAUAGCGAAUAUUGUUAAUCCUAGUUGUUUGAUGAAAUCACCAUGUUAACAUAACGUAUGUUGGUUCUACGGUUCACUAAAGUAUACAUGGGGACAUGUAAUGUUAUGUGAUAUCUACGCUAGUAAAUGGCAAUGACAUUUAUCGUAGUUGUAAUAAGUUAGUAGUUAGGUAAAUGUUUCUUGUGAAAUUUAAAAGUGACCAGAAAAGACUGACAUAUCUAAUGUUUGAAUAUCUAAUAUAAGUCGCCUUAUUCUUGCCGAGGAUGCAAAUAAGGGUUAAGAUAAGGGUUUAGAUAUCUUUGCGGGCCAAUUAUGGAAUAUAAAAGUUUCCUUACCUUUGAAUAACGAUAAACGAGUCAAUGACUUACUGUUUUAGUACUUCUUCUACAAUUUAUUUCUAAUAACAUCAUCUGUAAAAUUUAGAACACGGCAUGGCAUAAAGGAAUUGCAGUCUCUUGUGUUGUAUUUGAUUAAUACAAAAUUAUUACAGUAAUAUAUGAUCCUUACCAUGUGACCUGUACUUAGCCCAGUGGGGCAAAAAUGUGCAAUAAAGGUCUUCAUUCAUU